CCUAGCUCAGACACUUGGAGCACUCGCUCCGUCCUGGUGGUCAUUGCUGGAGCUCUGCUCUGGGUGACAGCCACUUGUGUGUUGAGAGCGGUCCUUGGGAGAGAGCAGGAUGAAGCUCAGCCUGACUCUCUUCCUCAUCUUACUUGCUUUCAUGUCUCCAAUUCCUGACACGUCCAGCUGCCUCAGCUGGGUCGGGAACUGGGACAAAAAGCUGCUCCAUCCCGAGGAGCAGCAUCCCUUAGAGACCGAGUGCCAGCCCUCCGGCUGGCUCUCCUGGCUUGGUCUAACCACCUGCCCCACCAAGAUCGAGGAUGGCAACAAAAGGAACGUCCUUCACCAGGAGCACAGACCUACUGACACCAAGAGCCAGCCCUCCAACUGGCUGUGCUGGUUUUGCCGAAUCAUCUGCUCCAACCAGAUGGAGGACGGGAACAAAAGGCAGGUCCUUCACGAGAAGCAGAGCCCGGUUGAGAUCAAGGCCCAGCCCUCCAGCUGGCUCUGCUGGUUCGGCCUACCCACCUGCCCCACAAAGAUUGCGGACGGGAAGAAAGGCCAGGUCCUUCCUGAGGAGCAGAGCCUGUUUGAGUCCAAGAGCCAGCCCUCCAACUGGCUGUGCAGGCUUGGACUGACAUCUUGCUCCACCAAGACCGAGGACGGGAAGAAGAACAAGGUCUUUCAUGAGGAGCAGAGCCCCGUUGAGACCAAGGGCCAGCCCUCCAACUGGCUCUGCUGGAUUGGACUAAACACCUGUCCUCAGAAUGGAGAGAAAAAAGUUGUGCGUCCUGAGAAGAGCCUGCCCACUAAUGCUGAGCGCCGUGCCUCCCACUGGCCCUUCUGGAUUGGCCUUUCUCCACACCCCAGAUGGGUCCCGAACAGGGCCAGCGAGUCUGUUGACCCAGAGGGCCCCGAGCAGCAGUCCCCGCACACCGAGCAAGACACCUUCAGCGUGCCUGACAUCCUCAACAACUUCAAGGACUUAAUAACGCCAGCCCUGAUAAUCUGCGUCAUGCUGGAUUUGUGGGGAAACUGCUAUCUGUUCCGGCUGCUGUGGGUUGCCUACCAGCUCUGGAGAGAUAUGUGAAGACAUCAGGCACAGGUAAGCGCUCGGGAUUCAUACUGCACAGAAGGGACUGAGGGUGGGGAGCAGGGAACAGCAAAGGUCUGGUCUGGGAGGGCUUCCAAGCAAAGCAGACCUCCAGAGGUCCAUCAGCUCUCCCCAGAGACUUGCCCGGCCCUAGGGCUGACAGCCAGCCGAGACUCCCAUGCAAAACGGGGCCUGCCGGAGGUGCCGUGAGCCCCACGGGCUGCCCCGAGCUGUCCUGGGACGCUGGAAAAGCGGCGCAAGAAUCAGAGCCCUGCAGGGCGAUGCUCUGCAAAACGAGCCUGCAUCCCUUUCUCUGCGCUCAUGCCCUGUCAUUUCCAGGGAACGGAACAAACGGCCUCAGCUUCAGAACGCGAACAGAGUGAUUUCCACAAGGCGCUUCUCUCCAUCUGGCAGCCUGUGGGUCAAAUGGUGACCAAAGGUGGCGCUGAAGGCACCUGCGAU